AUGGGUUUGGCACUUUGUCAUCUCUUUCCUCGUGAUGUUGUACUGCAGGCCGCUUUGUUAUUUCUUCUAGUCUCAUGUGUUCUGCAAGGGAUAGUGGUUGGGAACUACGGGAAAGAUACGGCAACGGGUACUAUUACUUUGAAGGGUCAAAGUACAGGUGCAUCAGAUGCAGUUCAUAUCGCUACAAAACCACUAAUAUAUACCAAUAAUGGAACUCAUGUAUGUGAAAUGUCAUCAAAUGUAGAUCUUGUUUAUGUGGAUUGUGCACGUUUUGUGGAAGGAUUUCAUGCGGUUUGUGGACUUUUCUUGUCUAGUUUUAUUUCUAGCGUAGUGGUAUUAAUUUUUUGUUCGUUUUGUGUAGUUCCUUUAAGUAAGACAACCACAAUAUUAAUCGCUACUGUGUUUGUUCUUUUUCUUAUUCCAAUUUCACUACACUCAGCGGCAAUUGGAAUGUUUUUUUCUCCUUGUGUACGAUAUGCACGAAGUACUGUAGGACGUGUUAUUUUUGCUGGUGAAGAUGUUAAAUUUCAUCGUUCUCAUUUAUCGAAUGUUGCUGUUGCCUCUGAGGCGUGUUUGGGUGUUGGGUUUCUCUUUACACUUAUGCGAUUUGUGUUGGCUGUACUAUUCCGACAGUCUGUGAAGCGACGUGCUAUUGUGCGGCGGGAUAUUGGACAUUUAAUGCAGCGCCAUAUUGUGAAUGAUGAUUGGGAGCGACAGCGGGCGGUGUUGCAGUCGCAUGCGCGGAGUGUGCAGUUGGAGAUGGUCAUUCGUGCCGAUGAUGAUGAUAAUAAUAAGAAUGCCUCAGAUGGUAAUAAUGAAGAGAAAAAGAAAAAGAGAAAGCGGGAGAUAUUUGAAUCUCCUGCUACAGCGACAAUGACGACAACGACGACGACAGCGACAGGUCUUUGUAGUGCUGGUGGAGAUGUUGGUAGUGUUAGUGCUGCUGUGGCGGCCGCAGGAACAGGAUUAAGUAAUAAUAAUAAUAAUAAUAAUAAUAAUAAUAAUAAUAAUAAUAAUAAUAAUAAUAAUAAUAAUAAUAAUAAUAAUAAUAAUAAUAAUAAUAAUAAUAGGGGAAAAGGUGGAGAUGUUAGGAAUUCCUCCUUGCAUGAGUCCGAUGCGGAGUUCACAUUUAGACCCUCUCGAGCACACUCCACCAUCUUUAAUGAUACAAUACGACAGGUGAGCAAUUCUUCACCAGCUGCUGAGCCAUUUUAUGCCUCUCGUACGGAUACAGGUACGUAUAGUUAA